CCAAUCUUUGUGUUUGACACCGGAUUUGAAGCGGGAACGGAGGUUUUUUUUUAAGAAAUGGCGACUUUAAAGUUUUAACGGCUGCCUGAAAAGUUUUAAAAAACAAGCAAGCAAGCACAGUGGUGGAGUAAGACUCUUGGCCGACGAACAUGCCAAAUCAACUUUCUUGUUUACAGUAGUUGGAGAAAUACUGGAUGCAGGCAGGAUAACAGGGAGAGUUGUUGACUGUCCAAACUAAGACUCGUUCUUUGUUUAUUUGCUGAAAAGCUGGUGAGAAUUGAAUGACAUGGACAAGACAAUAUAAUAAACAUUCUUAACCGUUAGUAGAAAUAAAAUGAAACCAAAGGGAUCUAAGAAGCUUCCAGGAUCCAGCUGGCAAGAGAAAUGUGUAAAUUCAGGGGAAAAGAAGUCAGGAUCCGUAACCAAACAAACGACGUCCUUUCAUGCACAAGUCAGUCCUUUUACUGGUAAAGUGUUUUACCUCGACUUACCGUCAAACAGAGCGGCAGAAACGCUGGAGAGGGAAAUCAAGAAUCUGGGAGGGACUGUUGAGAAAUUCUUCAGUAAGGAAAUUAAAUACUUGGUUUCCAAUAAACGCGAGGCAAAGUAUGUGAAUAGCUUCAAAAGUGACUCUCCUGUCCCAAGCCCGGACUCGGGCCAGAGCUCGCUUCAACCUCACUCAAAUCCACCAAAUCAUGUUAGCCACAGAAACAAAAGGCGGUCCCAAGGACAAGCAGACUUGUUUGUCCCAAGCAGAGGAAAGUCUUUGGUGGACCGAGUGGUGAAGGAACAGGGUAAGCUACAAAUUGAUAGGAUACUAUCAAAUGCUCUGGAGUGGGGUGUUAAAAUUCUCUACAUUGAUGAUUUAUCUGCUUAUAUUCGGAAGAAGAAAAAGGUUUUCAGCAGCCAAGUAUUGGAGGAUUCUGUCGUCAAAUCAUGUGUCAAUGCUGAGACUGCAGCAAAGCAGGUUUUUCAGAAAUGUAAAGGAGGCCGGAUCAGUAAGCCUUUUAUUAAAGUGGAAGAUAGAAGCAGGCAUUAUCGUCCAAUUUACCUCACAAUGCCAAAAAUGCCAGAGAUCAACCUGAAGACCCUUCCUCCCUAUAGUCCCUUUUGUCUCGGGGAAAAAGAUACUCCAGUACCCAAACCAAGGACGCACAGAGGGGUGAAAGCUUCCCUAAGUGAAGAGAAAGUUCACGGCCGAAAGAAGAACAGAGAUAAGAAGCGAGGCGGCUUUUGCGAGUGCUGCAUGAGGAAAUAUAACCACCUGUCUGCGCAUCUGCAGGGUGAUUGUCACAAGGCCUUCUCAAAGACGGACGAGUACUCAGUGGUGGACAGACUGGCUUCUGCUCUGCACUGUGAUUUUCUCCAGUUUCAAACUAAAGUCAGAAGACGGAAGUGCAGCGUGUCCUCUGUCCUCGUGGCUCCUGGACUUUGUGGAAAACCUCCCCAGAGACAAGGGGGAGCUCCUCCUGGCUCGGAGCGCCGUCAUGCAAAGGAUCACAGGAAGGAUGGAGAGUUUUACAGGUUGUCUUCAGGAGAGGGUUUUCAAUUUGAAUCAGCAUCCUGUUCUACUUCCUUGUUUGAUACCACAAGGAACCGCCACACAUAUUUGGACAGACCCAAACGCAAAGGUCUUACACAGAAAUGGACGUCCUGCGCACAAAAAGCUAAACAAAGUCCUCAGAUGGUGUCAGGAGUUGGACCCUCUGCUGGUGAAGGUCUGCUGUCCGUCGCAUCCCAGCCUGAUGUUUCAGACGAGGGACUCCACAAAGAUGUGAACAGCUCUGCUUCGUACACACACAGCACAGACAAAUGGGGAAGUGUCAAAUUUAUGACUCAUGGACGUCAAGAUCUUACCAAGUCUGUUUGUGAGGCUGCCCAGGAAAAAAGAACUGGAAAGGAGCUUUCUGGAAAGGAAGAGGAAAAUCUUUCUCAGAGCUCGUCUCCAUUUCUCAAAAUCAAAAGAAAAAACAGAGCUUAUAAGCGCAAAAGAAGGAAAGUGGAGACGAGUGUUAAGCACAGUGAACUAGGUGAGCUUCCUGACGACUCCAGGCUGAAGCUCUGGAAGCUUUUCCAGUCCAGUGAUGACCCGGAUGUAGAGUUUCAUGGAUUUGUCUGAGCCAUGAACUGGAGCCUGUAGGAUCAUCUGUGACCUGCUAAACCAGACUUCAAAAAACACAACUGUGUUUGCAAUUAUCUUUAAAGACUGAAGUGUUUCAGAAGAAAACACAAAGUAAAAAUGUAUGCUUUUAUUUAAAAAAAAAGAAAGUUUGCAUAAAUUUGAUAAAAGCAGCUCAGCAGUGUGGGUCACUUGAAUGUCAUUUCUGAUCUUAAAGUUUUAGACUGAAUGUAUAUUAUGUUUUUUAAAUGUUUUAAUUUAUCAAUUAUAUUUUUGGUUUAUCGCAGUUUUCUUCAUUUCCUAUUGUGCCUUUUGUGCACUUAAACAUUUUUUGGGGCAUACCUUUGUCAAUUUGACAAUAAAUUGACAAAAAUAGAAAAAGUACAAAUAAAAAUGUGAUUCUAUUUUUGA